GCUGCGGUGCUGACAGUUAAGGAGCGAUUAGCAUCACUGCCGAGCUAAGGAGGCACAGCUGUAAUCAGGCAGAGGGUGGGGGUGCAUUUCUGGAAGAUUCUGCAGGAAUCAUUCGAGAGUGGACCCCCUUUCAUCCGUUUAUUCAGGGGAAUGUUUAUGUCUCCCGGUUGGGCGGUUAACCUUUCAAGUAAAGCCGCAACAUAGUGGGGGGACGGAAGGUUUCGGGGUCUGUUUACGCUCUGACCUGUUGAAGUCACUUCUCUGGAAGCCGUCGGAUGCAGUGAUGAAGCUGAAACGUCUCCAGCAGGAAAUGGUUCUGCUGCCAUCCAAAGAAAAAAUAAACCUUCCUCCCUAAUUCUAAAUGUCUCUCUAUGCUGAUGAGGCUGCUUUUACAGCAGUUAACCCUAAAAUGUGUUGAGUCACAUUUUGUUCUUGUCUGUUUUGUAAAUUGCUUUGAAUUAAAGUGACGCUUAAAUGACAUAAUAAAAGGUCAAGAGCUGAUUGGACAAAACAGUCAGUCUGAAAGUUACAAAGCUGAUUUUGAUGCUAUGAAGCAUCGUAGAACCACAGCGAGACUCUUCAUCCUCACCUGGAGAAAAAGGGGGAAGAGAGGAGAGAACUUUUCCAGGACCGACUCACCUCAUCCUGGAGGUUCUCUAAGAGGAAGCAGGAGAACACGGAAAGGAAAGCACGCCUCGCUUGAUUCACUGAAGGUCAGAGUUCUGGAUGCAACAAUCGGAAAGAGACUUUUGGACAAAAAUGGAUCCAUUGGAGAGUUCAAAGAGAAACUGCUGAGCAAAGAGACUCGUUUCAUAUUUGAAUGCAAUAAAGAACGGAUCUGGAUUAUCUCCAAAACUUUAGGACACAUCCUCUUUGGACUAAUAUCUGGAUGAAACCUACAGUCUUUCUGGAAAGUUAGACAUAGUGGGGGGAGUGUGAUAAUGUGGGGCUACAAUCCAAUAAUUAAUUAUUUUUGUUUUCCAAAGCAGAAAGUUCAUCACCUCAUGAGCUCACCUGGGUUUCUAUACAGGCGUUGGAAAAGACACAUUUUUAUGUUUAGACAGUUUGGUUUUCAUUCAUGAUUUAACUUUUCUUUCUUUUGGUGAAUAAAUAACAUCUCAUAAAAAAGCUAUUUUUUUUUACUCUGCUCAUCUUUCUGUUAGAUAAACUUUAUUCAUCUGAAUUGUUUACAAAAAUCAGUCGGCUAUUGGUGGAGUUGGGACUGAGCGUCUGAAUUUCAUGCUGCCGUUUGUGUUUUUACAUCAGGGUUAGUCAAUGCUGGAUUGGAUCAACACAAGAUCCGAUGACUGGAUAAGACUGAAAGCUCCUCCUCACUGUCAAGAUGUCAAAGAGGCCAUCUUAUGCCCCGCCCCCUCCUCCUGCCCCUACAACUCAAUUGCCCAACACCCCCGGCUUUGUGGGAUACAACCCAUACAGCCAUCUGGCCUACAACAACUACAGACUCGGGGGGAGCCAAAGCAGCAACAGUCGGGUAACGAAUUCCUCUGGAAUAAAUAUCCCCAAACCGCCGAAGCCGCCCGAUAAGCCGCUGAUGCCAUACAUGAGAUACAGCCGCAAGGUUUGGGAUCAAGUAAAAGCCUCCAAUCCUGAUCUGAAGCUAUGGGAAAUUGGGAAGAUAAUCGGUGGCAUGUGGAGGGACCUCACUGAUGAGGAGAAACAGGAUUAUUUGAAUGACUACGAAGCAGAGAAGAUUGAGUACAACGAGAGCAUGAAGGCCUACCACAACUCUCCGGCCUACUUGGCCUACGUCAACGCAAAAGGUCGGGCGGAGGCCGCACUGGAAGAGGAGAGCCGCCAGAGGCAGUCCAGGCUGGACAAGGGCGAGCCGUACAUGAGCAUCCAGCCAGCAGAGGAUCCAGACGAUUACGACGACGGCUUUUCCAUAAAACACACGGCCGCCGCUCGUUUCCAACGCAACCACCGCCUAAUCAGCGAGAUCCUCAGCGAGAGCGUGGUGCCGGACGUGCGCUCCGUCGUCACCACGGCUCGCAUGCAGGUCCUGAAGCGGCAGGUCCAGUCUUUGAUGGUCCACCAGAGAAAGCUGGAGGCAGAGCUGCUGCAGAUUGAAGACCGCCACCAGGAGAAAAAAAGGAAGUUCUUGGAAGCCACAGAUUCCUUCAACAAUGAGCUGAAAAGGCUGUGCUGCAUGAAGGUGGAGGUGGACAUGGAGAGGAUCUCUGCAGAGAUCACCGCAGCAGAGGAGGCAGCACGCAAGCGCAUGGCGGAGCGUGAGAAGGACACAGGGGACCGCGGUGCCAAAGAGGCCCCCCCCUGCGUCUUAGCGGAGGAGGAAAAACACAUUUGCGCAACACAUGGCGGCAAGUCGCAGCAGCGCGCUCUGAGUGAGAGCAGCAAGGAGGGGGAGGAGGCGGAGGAAGCAAACCCUGCAGACGAGCCAGGGAAGCAGAAGCCCCCCGAGGAGCUGGAUUCUCCCCGAGGCAGCAAGGAGGGGGCCUCGGAGGACAAGGAGAGCGUCCCCGAGGGAGCCAUGGAGGAAGGGAGCAGCGACAGCAACACCGGCUCAGAGACCACCUCGGCUCAGACCGAGGAUGCUGCAACCAGCGAGCCGUCAGAAGGGCCCUGCAGGCCCAGAACCGACCACUGAGCCAAACGGGGGGAGGGGGGCCACUGAUGCCGGCCCGAGAAAGCACUAUUAUAGGGCGUCACCUGAAGGCCGCCUUCAGCACAUCUCCACACAUAUCAUCCGACAGAAGCGCUCGGUGUUGCUCGUCGUCUUGUGCCAUGGUGGCUUUAUUGUUUUGCAUGAUGCAGCUUUUUGAAGUUGUGGAGAAGCGGAGCGCCUCCUCUGAGGAGAACCUUGUUUACUCUCCGUAUCCGUAUUACAGUGACAGUAUUGUCUCAGGAGUUUGUUGUCAUGAAGUAGUAUGAUUGUUACUAUUUUUAUGUGUUUACUGUUAUUUAUUAUCAGCGUUUUAAAGUGAUCAUCAGUGCUGUACAAAGCUCCACUACCAGUGUUCUCAAGUUUGCUCGCAGCCAAUCAAAUCAAAAGCAGUACGCUUAGAACAUGUUUUGUUUUUUUUCAAACACACAAACUUUAAAUGUGCCGUGACGUGUGCGCGCCGUGUAACGAGGUUUCAACAUGCAGUCUUUUUCAUAUUUAUACCAAUAAACUUUUCUACCCUGAACAGGAAAAUCUUCUUUUUGCUUUACACAAAAAAGUCUGAGAGGAGCUGCUGAACUGCUGUCAGUCACUCAGACGCUGCAGAGGGCUUGCACCAUGCACAUCGCUCCCCUUUGCACAGCGCAGAAAUCCUGUUAGCACGGCGAGGAAUCCAAAAGGAGUGAGGACCAGGUCAGGCUGCAAAAUGGAGUAAGGUUGAGAUUUGACAGAGCUUCUCUUUCCAUCACAGUGUUCUGCAUUUUGGCUCUGCCGUGUACCCUGCGGUUUGCUCUGCCUGAAGUGAAAGCUUCAAACCACAACCACAGAGAUACAGGUGUGCAGGAGCUUCUGCACGGCUCCUGCAAGGUCUCGCGUCCGAAGUAGAAGCACUGAACGGCGUUGCAUCACUAAAGCGCCUCACCAAGAAAGGCUUAAAAUGGGAUUUUUGCUGCAAAUGCCAAUUUCCCCUAAUAUACAUAAUUUACAUAAAUAGUGCACUACAGCUUCUUAGGGUGUCCCUGUCAUGAUGGAAACAAGUGUGGCCUUUCUGAAGAUCAAAGCCGCCAAACUUAACCAAAAACUAAAUCUAAGUUAGAAUUACAGUCCUCUGUUUUCAUGCAUCCAUUCAUUGUGUCAACGGAUGGAAGGACAAGGGGAUUUGUCCUAUUUACCUACUGUUUACACACCUUUUUUUCUGUUUUUGAACAAAGUUUGAUUUGAUUUGAUAAAUCAGGCCUAACGACUUCACCAAAAA